GAUGUGUACUCCGUGUACAACGAUAUGAUCAUGUUUGGCGCGUUGACUUUUUGGCUGGCGUUACUGCACUCGCAUGGCCUUUGCCGGGCCAUGUCGGUGGUCGGUCAUUCGCAAGUUUUGGAACUACUCACCGAAGUGCUGGCUCAGGACACUAUGUGGGACCCGGUGCUCCGGCAAAAAGUGCUCGCCAAGGACGUGCCGUGGGCUGCCACCAGACUGAUAGAGCCGCUGAACGACGACCAGAACGGGUUGGACCCGUUUUUGGCCAUCAAGAGCAUCGUGGCUUCCGGCGGAUACUCGGGCACCACGGUCAGGUACGGUUUGUGGUUGUUCGGUUCCGCGCUGACCUGCCUGACGUUGAAACACAUGUCCGUGCAGACCUAUCUGAUCAUCGAGAUGAUCGACCGCGGCGGCGGCGUAAAACUCUUGAAGACGCACACCGUCAAGUUGGCCAACCUGUUGGUGAAAUACAUGGACAUGCUGCAGGCCGUCGACUCUCGGUUGGCGCUACUGUCCAACUUGUACAGGUCGAUCAACGGCAUUCUGGCCAAGCAAAAAGGUCACGGGUUUCACGAAGGGUUUAGCGCGCAGGACCUGAAGAAGCGGUUCGACGAAGGAUACGAACAGGUCUUGGGCACCAUUGCCGACUCGUGUGUCGUAAGCGGAUUGCAAGAGUACUACCUGGAAUUGAAAAUCGACCAAAUCGACGGUCGAGUAUUCGACGAGGAGAAAAAACACGACAUAUCGCCGGACGACAUCAAGUCGAUGUUGGUAACCACCCAAGAUACGGUGGCACGACUGUUCGACGAGCUGCCGCUCAGCGAGAUGAGCCUGCAACAUUGGGAGGAUCUGCUCGCUUUACCGCCAGUCGAAAUAUACACCGAAGUAAUAUAACGCCUUAAAUACGAGCAGACCAUAACGAUCUUCAAUGAUUUCUUUAUUCCUGUGUUUGAAAAUAGCUUCUAAUUCGGUUAUUAAUACCAAAUGAUAAUAGUCAAUGAAUUAUACAUACAAAAACAAUUAUUGUUAACUAUUGACAGUUAAAUUAUAACAAAUUUAACACUUACAGUUUAACCAUGUCUCAAGUUAUUUAAA